AUCUUGAAUCAUCAUGUGGAUAUUUGACUUUUCCUGAAUCAUAUGCCCAUCAACUCUCUCUCUCUCUCUCUCUCUGUCUCCUCUGUGAGUAUGGGUGAGGAGGGAAUGAAGAAUGAUUGCAAGAACGCUGGAAACGAAAAGGGUAGUUCAAAGCUGACAAUACUACCUCUGAUUGCCCUGAUUUUCUACGAGGUUUCCGGGGGUCCAUUUGGUGUUGAAGAUUCAGUCAGAGCAGGCGGCGGUCCUCUUCUAUCUCUGCUCGGUUUCUUGAUUUUCCCUUUCUUUUGGAGCAUCCCCGAAGCUCUAGUCACGGCGGAGCUCGCCACGUUUUUUCCGGCGAACGGCGGCUAUGUGCUCUGGAUAUCAUCGGCUUUCGGCCCUUUUUGGGGAUUCCAAGAAGGGUUCUGGAGAUGGUUCAGUGGGGUGAUGGAUAACGCCCUUUACCCGGUACUCUUUCUUGAUUACUUGAAGCAUUCAUUUCCAAUCCUUAGCAAUACAAUUGCUAGGAUUCCAGCUCUGUUAGGGAUCACUCUUUCAUUGACAUACUUGAACUAUAGAGGUCUGCACAUUGUCGGAUUUUCAGCUAUUUUGCUUGCCUGUUUUUCGCUGCUCCCGUUUGCUGUCAUGGCUGUUAUCUCAAUUCCUCGAAUUAGGCCUAGACGAUGGCUUGUUGUCGACUACGGGAAGGUAGAAUGGAGAGGGUACUUCAAUAGCCUGUUUUGGAAUCUGAAUUAUUGGGAUAAUGCAAGUACAUUGGCUGGGGAGGUUGAGAAUCCGAGUAGAACGUUUCCGAGGGCGCUGUUGGGUGCUGUCGUUUUGGUUGUUUGUUCGUAUUUGGUUCCGUUGCUUGUCGGCACUGGGGCUGUGGAAACGGAUUCAGGCGAGUGGAGUGCCGGUUAUUUUGCGCAAAUUGGGAUGUUGAUUGGGGGGCCUUGGCUGAAAUGGUGGAUUCAGGCGGCUUCUGCAUUGUCGAAUAUGGGGAUGUUUGAAGCUGAAAUGAGCAGUGAUGCUUAUCAGCUUCUGGGAAUGAGUGAGAUAGGGAUGCUCCCUUCUAUAUUUGCUUCCAGAUCAAAAUACGGGACACCCACAUUCAGCAUUCUGUGUUCAGCAACCGGCGUGAUCUUCCUGUCGUGGAUGAGUUUUCAGGAAAUCCUCGAAUUCCUCAACUUCCUCUACGCUGUCGGAAUGCUACUUGAGUUUGCAGCUUUCAUCAAACUAAGAAUAAAGAGGCGAGAUCUACACAGACCGUACAAAAUCCCAUUGGAAACAUUCGGUGCAACGAUCCUCUGCUUGCCUCCUGUUUCGUUGCUCGUUCUCGUCAUGUGUCUGGCUUCCCCAAAGACUUAUUUAGUUAGCAGUGCAGUAAUCAUCCUAGGAUUUGCCUUGUACCCGACCCUGAUUCAUGCAAAAAAUCAGAAGUGGAUCGAUUUCAAUACAGACGUUACAUUAAGGCCGUCUGAUGAUGAUCUCGAAGGACAACCAAUGGUGUCAGAAGAGCAUCAUGUCAUGAGCGAUGAAGCAUCUCACCGGCUUUUAUCGGAUCUGCCCUCAUCAACCACAAGCCACGCAUCCCAUAUUUCACUGUCGGAGGCUGCAAAGUUGGAAUAGAAGGCAGUUUGUGUACCACGGUUACAUUUACAUGCCUUAGUAAAUACAAAGCGAACCCAGUGCUAAUUGUUUUUUGUUAACCAUCCCAUGUAUUCAUAGCAUUUUGGAUUUUGGUUUACUUUCUGAUCUCAUGUUCCUUUUGAGCAGUAUGGGUAGUUGGAUUACCUUGAAGGUAUAAAUUGUAGGAAUUGAAGUGCAGACGAAGAAAGAGGAAGAGUAGGAAGGAGAAGAGGAGGAGUAGGAAGGAGAAGAGGAGGAGGAGGAGUCACUAUCAUUCAGAUGAUGAUUCUUCUGAUAAUUAUGCUGAUCUGCGGCAUAAAAGGAGGAGCAGGAAGGCACAUUCAGACUCUGAUUCCGACGUCAGUGCUUCAAAUGAUUCGCGAGUGGGUAGGGGCAAGAAGCGGUAUGAGAAGAAGAGCAGGAUGCAUCGCCAUGAAGAGGACUAGCUUCUACAGUGGGUGAUAUGUCUUGUGCUUUUAAGGUUCCUCUAAACUGCUGCUAAGUGUGCCCUAUUCAAUCUUUAAUCUGGUGGUUGAUGAGCUUUUUGAUGAAAACCACUUUAGCUUAGUGGACAAUGCAUUAGUUUGGUGCAUGUGAGGUUUUUCAGUUUGGUGUAAUAUAUCAUUUUAAUUGCUUUGUUCUUCUGGUUGUAAGAAUUCUGAUAUUUACUGAGUAUGUUAUAUGUAAUUCCGACAUGUGAUCGGUCCUGUUAGUUGAAA